GGAAGAGAGCGCGCGUGGGGGAGGAAAAGGAAGAGAGAAGGGAAGGGGAGAGAGAGAGGAUCUGGAGCAAAGUGUGUGUGUGUGUGUAGGAAGAAAGGGGGGGGGGGUCGUCCGCGCAUGAGCCGCUCCGGCUGGGCGUCUUUGGCGGCGGCUGGUGCGCGUUGGCGCUGGUCGGGGGGCCCUGGAUCCGAGCAGGAAAGAGAGCGAGAGAAAGAGGGAGGAGGGCCCUGGCUCGCCCACCCGGCCAGCUAUGGCAGACUCCUAUUCCUACCGAGUUGGAAAGAAAGUCGCUGGAUCCAGCAAGGCCAGUAUGGACAAGGAGAGCAGCAAGGCAGAGAUGAAGCUAAAUCCAGCAUAUGAACAGUCAAGGCUUGGAAAUGCAACCAAUGACAAAACUGAAGGCAAGCGGAAAGGGAGGCCCAAGGUGGACAGCCAGGCCCUGAAAGAUAUUCCUCUGCCUCUCAUGAACCAGUGGAAGGAUGAGUUCAAGGCCCAUUCGAGGGUAAAAUGCCCCAACUCGGGCUGUUGGCUGGAGUUCCCCAGCAUCUAUGGCCUGAAGUACCAUUACCAGCGCUGUCAAGGGGCAAGGAAGACAGAGAGUGCCGUGGUGGAGAAACGGACCUUUCCUUGUCCGUACUGCGAAGCCACCUUCACCUCCAAAACUCAGCUGGAAAAGCACCAUCUUUGGAACCACCUGGAGCGGCGGCUGCCGGUUGUGUCUCCUCCGCCAGUGGAAAACAAAGUGCCCAAAGCCUCCAGCAAAAGUGGAAGCAAGAAAAGAGCUGCCGAGGGUUCAGCUUCCCCCACCAUCCAUCCCAAACAGGCAAAGAUGGAGAAAGCAAUGGCCAUACAGCGGCCUGAGAACGGAGAGUGUGCACCUGUCAAGCAGCGCAACAAAGAAUUCCAGGUGACAGUGAGUGGCGUGGCGGCAACGCCCUUGACUCAGCCGUCCAGUGGCCGCGGAUCCAAGCAGCAGUCAAGCAGAAAGGUUGUUGUUGAACAAGAAGAAGACCCCGAAAGGAUGAAGCACAGAAGGAAACAGAAAACCCCUAAGAAGUUUACUGGGGAACAGCCAUCCAUCUCAGGAACUUUUGGAUUGAAAGGGCUGGCGAAAGCAGAGGACAAGGCGAAAGCCCACCGAGCCAAGAAACUGGAGGCAGCUCUAAACAGCAACAACAACAACGAAGAACAGAAGAAGAAACUGCUGGGAUCCAGUAUGAAAAAGGAAGCUUCUUCAGUGGGAGUCACCACAUCCGCAGCCACCGCUCCUUCAGUAACAAUGAGCCCCGAGGAGCAGUGGCAGAGGACAAUCAAUGAAAAGGGAGAGAUCGCCUGCCCGACAUGUAACAUGAUCAGCCGGAAGACGGUCCUGGGGCUCAAGAAGCACAUGGAAGUCUGCCAAAAGCUGCAGGACGCCUUGAAAUGCCAGCAUUGCAAGAAGCAGUUCAAAUCCAAAGCUGGAUUGAAUUAUCACACCAUGGCGGAACAUGUCAACAAACCUCCUCCUGUGGAAGCGGCUGUUCCUCUGACCGAACAUGAAGAGCGGGAAAGACUGAGAAAAGUGCUAAAGCAGAUGGGGAAACUCAAGUGCCCCAAUGAGGGCUGUGCGGCCACUUUCUCCAGUCUUAUGGGCUUCCAAUACCACCAGAAACGGUGUGGGAAGCAGCCAUCCGAAGUCGAGAAGCCACUUUUCACCUGCCCGCACUGUGGGAAGACUUACAAGUCGAAAGCUGGACAUGAUUACCACCUGAGAUCUGAGCAUCCUUCUCCUCCUCCUGAAAAGCAAGAGAUUAAGGCUGAAUCCAACCCAAUGGAAGAUUUUGAGAGGACUCCGAGCGGCAGGAUCCGACGCACCUCUGCCCAAGUGGCCGUCUUCCACUUGCAAGAGAUAGCGGAGGAUGAGCUGGCCAAGGAUUGGACCAAGCGGAGGAUGAAGGAUGACCUGGUCCCUGAAACAAAGCGGCUAAAUUACACUCGUCCUGGACUCCCAAAGUUGAAUCCAAGGCUCCUAGAGACCUGGAAAAAUGAAGUCAAGGAAAAAGGUCACAUCAACUGCCCCAAUAACUGCUGUGCAGCCAUUUACUCCAGCGUUUCUGGUUUGAAAGCCCAUCUCGCCAACUGCAACAAGGGAGACCACUCUGUGGGGAAGUAUCGCUGUCUUCUGUGUCAGAAGGAGUUUAGCUCAGAAAGCGGAGUCAAAUACCACAUCAUUAAGACUCACUCAGAGAACUGGUUCCGAACAUCCACGGAGGCCAUCCGGAAGAAGAAGGAUAGUGGGGAACACAGCCCUCCCGGCAGCGAAGGAAAAAAGCAAAGCACAGACGGGAAAAAACGGGGUCGGAAGCCAAAGGAAAGGCCCCCGGAGUUUCCCCUUAAAAUCAAAGAAAUCACGCCAGGAAAGACUAACCAUAAGAAAUCCGCUGGGUUGUGGCAGACGGUGGACUGCAGCCCCGAUGGGAGGGAGAGAGGUAACAAACCCUCCCAGAGCAAGAAGGGGGGCCCCAGUAAAAUGCCGGAGAAAUAAGAAGCUGGGCGUAAAAACACUCUUUAAGGAUUAGUUUACAACCCAGGGUCACGGGGGCUCAAUGCCUCCACCGUCUACUCAUCCCUUUUUUUUAAAAAGCGCAAGAGACCACUUUUGCAGCCUAACCUCAAACAUUUGUUUUCACGCUCGAAGAGGAAAAUGAACGAGACGACCGGUAUGAUUUGUCUCUUGGGAACCUCCACAGACUGUAUAUAUAUAUAUCUGUACUCACGCCUGUGGCGCAUACGCUGCCUCCACAGUUGGGUCAAAAGGAUCAGAGGGUUGCCGGUGGGGAGCCGCGUCCGUUGUUUGCUUCCGCUCAAGCAAAGGAGAGGAAACGGGUGCAAAAGGGGCGAGCAAAGUGCAAUAGGAACCCAGGUGUAAGCUGGUUAUAUGCGUCCUUUUUUAUUAUUUUUUGUGGAUUGCUUUUCAGGUAGCAGUCAUGUGUUAGGAGAUAGCGCUGGUGGGAAAUCUAUGAAUGAUGGAAUUAUUGUUGUGAUUGUGGUUGCGAACCAGCUUUCUUUUAUAAUUUUCAUAGGAAACGCUUUUUAAAAAAAAAACAAGAAGUCUGAUGAGAUUGUUUAACAAUGGACAAUUCAGAAUAAUUCCCCCUUCCCCACCCAUUGAGUUGAUUAUUGUUUUUUGUAUUAGUUAACCUUGAUAUUUGAGCUUACUUUUGCAUUUUGGUUUGCUCGUCGAUUGACAAGCAGUUACCACCCUUUUGAGAGCUAUACUUUGGAUGUCAGGGUUUCAGUGGGACGAACUGUCUUUUUCCAAAAAAUAAAAAGAUUUUAUUUGGGAAGGGGUGGACUUUUGGCAUGGAGAUGUUUUUGGAAGGUCCUUUGCAGACUAAAUUAGGGUAAGGGUUAAGGUACAGUAUUCCCAUUGACCCAUGGAUAAACCAGCCUGCAUUUUCAGGGUUGAUUUUAUAACGAAAAUGCUUAGAACUAUACAUGAGUAUAUACAGUAAUUAUUCAAUGCUGUUGAUUUCUAUAGAGCAUGGGAAAUGUAUCUAUACUGGAUCCUGAGCUUGCGGUGGGCUGUGUCCUGGCAUACCUGUUUCCUUGAUUCAUUGUUUUCAGGCUUCAGUGGCCAAGCCAAGGUGUCACCUCUUUCAGUGAGUCUUGUUCAACUCACAUGAUGAAUGAGAUUACUCUGGGCCAGUUUACACUGUCUGGUAUUUAUGGCCAGUCUCAUAAUUUUGGCACAGGAAUUUCUAGGAGAAAAUGUUUCUGGCAUAAGCCAAGAGUGCUCUUUCCCAUCUUUGGAAAACAUCACUGCUUCACCAUGGAAAUAUAUGUGCUUAGUUCUCAUGGUAGUUGCAAAAUCCUGCCAGGACUGUGCUGCUUUCAUGCUAUGAGGAUGAGGAUAUAUACCACACAAUAUAUGUCUUCUCAAUAUAAAAUGUUUCCUUUCUGCAUAAAAUCAGAUUUCAGAGGGGAAAAAAAAAUCUUGGUUGGGAUUCUAAUUCUUCACUCAACUUGUGCUCAAAAAAAGCAAUGAUGAAUUUUAGCAGCUUUCUUUCCAUUGUAGGAAAGUUUUUGAAAAUGGCUCAGUUUUCAAAUACUGUGUUGUCGAAGACUUUCAUGGCCGGGAUCACAGGGUUGUUGUAUGUUUUCCGGGUUGUACAGCCAUGUUCUAGAAGUAUUGUCUCCUGACGUUUCGCCCACAUCUAUGGCAGGCAUCCUCAGAGGUUGUGAGGUAUGGAGAAACUCAGCAAGGAAGGUGUGUGUGUGUGUGUGUGUGUGUGUGUGUGUAUAUAUAUAUAUAUAUAUACACACACACACAUACAUACAUACAGUAGAGUCUCACUUAUCCAGCACUCGCUUAUCCAACGUUCUGGAUUAUCCAACGCAUUUUUGUAGUCAAUGUUUUCAAUAUAUCGUGAUAUUUUGGUGCUAAAUUCAUAAAUACAGUAAUUACUACAUAGCAUUACUGCGUAUUGAACUACCUUUUCUGCCAAAUUUGUUGUCUAACAUGAUGUUUUGGUGCUUCAUUUGUAAAAUCAUAACCUAAUUUGAUGUUUAAUAGGCUUUUCCUUAAUGCCUCCUUAUUAUCCAACAAAUUCGCUUAUCCAACAUUCUGCCAGCCCGUUUAUGUUGGAUAAGUGAGACUCUACUGUAUAUACAUAUAUAUAUAUAUACUCAAAAAUCAGAACAGUAAAUAAGAAGCAACACUCUGAAACAUGGGAACUAGGGGCAGCUAACAAAGGAUGCCCCCAGGCAGAAAGUAGCCAAUAGAUGAAGCCAUUCAAUGCAAAUUAGGAUGAUUAACUGCAACAUUCAUGCUGGCCUUCAACUGACAAGAGUUCUUCCCUCAUCCUGGACUUUCCACAGAUAUAUAUAAACUUUCCUUGCUGAGUUUCUCCAUACCUCACAACCUCUGAGGAUGCCUGCCAUAGAUGUGGGUGAAACGUCAGGAGAGAAUACUUCUAGAACAUGGCCAUACAGCCCGGAAACAUACAACAACCCUUUUCAAAUACUGUUUGUAGUUCAAAACUUGUCCUAUGCAAAUUUUGCACAUUUUUUUUUUUGCACAGGAAAUGCUUUAUUUUGGACUUGUUCUACACACAAUUGAUUUUUUUGGCACAGGAAACAAGCAUUUUCUGCACAAAAAUGUGCAAAGCUUCCACAGAGACAGUCCUGAUUUGCAAACUUUAUUCUUAGACCAAUAGAGCUCACAAUUAUCUGGAGUUUUGCAUAUCCAAGCAAGCUCAGCGACAUACCCUCACUGGAUAUGUAGGAGCUGUAUUGAUUUCUAAUGGAGCCAGUGCUGAUUUGUGGCCCCUAGGGUUACAAACAUUUUGUUGAUCCCAAAGUGCUGUCUAAGAGGAUGUAGGUGGUACUUGCACCAAGUUUUGGGAAUGCCCUGGACCAAAAUAUUCAUGGGAAAGGCCUUUUUCAAAACAGGAAAUGACCUUCUCUCAUUUCUUUUUGCUAUAAAAUGCACUGGUUUUGUUUGGAAUAAGUCUGACAUAGAAGGGAGAUGCAUUUGUGGAAGCAAACAUUUCCAUUACUCUGUAACACUGUGUUUAGGACAGCUUCUGCUAUCAUAAACAGCUAAGUUGUUUGUAUGGGUAGAUGCUGUAAGAUUUUCACAAACUCAGUUGUAUAUUGAAUUAUCUUAGUAUUCCAGGUGGAAUUACCUCAGUCAAGGAAGCCAUGGCUGUCCUGAGUUUGCAGGAUCUGAGCAAGACAGUAGAUGACUAGAGUCUUGAAGGUCUUUCAUUUAUAGGGUCACCAUAAGUCACAGAAUCAUAGGAUUGAAAGAGAUCACAAGGACCAUAUACAUGGGGCUAUAUCUGAAAAAUUGCUACCACUGUUGAAAACAAAACCCAUUCAGAAUUUUCCGUAAAGAUGCUCCAUGCAAAUGAAGGGGGCUUGGAUUGGGUCAUGGAUAGCAAACCAAAAUGUGAAAGAACAUGAUUUGAUUGCUCCUCACUCAUGAAAAGAUUCCUUGUGAUCUGAAAUGCUACUUUCUGGGGCUAGCUUUUUUGUUUUGGUUGGACUGGAGUGCAAGGGAUGGCAAACAGAAAAUGGGACUCCUUUUGCAUAAGAGUCUGCGCCUUCAAAUCAUUGGCAAACUUUUGGGUACAUGUCAAGUCCAGAGUUGUUUCUUCGUACUUUCAGUAGUCCAUUCAGUAAUUUCAAGAAAAGCUCAUUCAUGGUAUGCAAAGAAAUCUUAACUCGCCUGUCUUGAGUUCCACUUUGGGUAGGUGAAUUAAGGCACCUAAGCAUAUAUGCCAAAAACCUGCAUUGUGAAAAAGCACAGAUUUGCUGAGUGAAAGAACAAAUUGGAAGACAGAGCCUGUCAAUGGAAAUAUACUCAAGACUUUUUGCAAGGACUAUUUAAUUCCACUUAAACCUUUCUCAACGUUCUUUAAUAGACUUUUAAAGGGAACACUAAGGGUGCAUUAUUGAGAAGGAGCUAAUGGUGUUUUGGGGUGAGAAUUUGGGGAACACCAUAAGGAAGGAAGAAUUUUGAAUUCAGACCUACCUUGUGUCCUUUUAGUGCAAUCCUAGCUUUUCAGGUUUCACUUACUUUCAAGGUUCACUCUCCCCUCUUCGAGCAUCUCUAUUGUCACCAGAAUUUUGGCAUAAUUUUUGUGACAAGCAUAAAUGGUCAUAGCCAUAAGAAUUGCUAGACGAACUGGAAGGUGUGACAUUCAGGAUAUAAAGCCAAACCUAUUCACAGUGACUUGUACCUGCAGUUUUUAUCCAUCUGUGACCAUAAUGGCUGAAGGAAUGAUGAGUGUUGUAGUCUAAGAUAUCAGCAAGGCACGGGGUUGAGAGAGGCCGACCUGACUGGCUUUAGUAACAAUUUGGUGGAAGAGUACACUGUUUUACACCUGUCAUUUAAUGGUGAGCACAACUUUACUGCUCUAAGGGUUUGAUUUGACCUGUGGUAACUUGCAUGAAAUUAGCGGUAGUUUAUUGCUGUAGUAAAAGCACUGUUUACUACUCCAGUAAACUGCUGCAGCAUACUACCAGUAGUGACAGUUUACUGCUAUUUCCCCAAGGGCACUUGUAAAAGAUAGCAUGAGCUAUUCAGAUGCAUAAUUUGUCUGCCUUGCUGCACAUAAAAAACUGGAGAGAGAGCAUCUAUUUCAAAGGUGGGAUAUUAUGGGAUAGGCAUACCAAAGCUGUCAUAUUUUGAGAUGUCGUAAUGCUAUGGAAAGUGGAAGGAACUCAGAAAAAAGGGAGACCGUAAUAUGAGGAGAUGGGUUCAAUCAAGGAAGCCACAAUGGCCCUGAAUUUGCAAAACUUUAGCAGGGCAGUUAGCUACUGGGACUCUUUGAAGUCAUUCAUUCAUAAGAUUCAUCAUAGGAUUAAUAUAAAUAAGUCUUGUUGACCAAAAAAGCCUUUUUAUGUCCUGCACUUAGACAAAUUAAUGAUUAUAGCAGUGGGUUAAUCCUAACAGAAUAGGAAGCAUUAGAUGUUGAUAAGGGAUCACUUUGUGUUAUUGAUGUGAUGGUAAUAAACUACUCUUAGAAGGAUAAGUGUGAAUGUAGCCAUUUGCUCAUUCUUUCUAAGGCUGUUAAAUCAACUACCGUCCACCUUCCAUAUUUGCUGAGGUUACAGGCACAAGACACGUGUCUUUGUGUAUAAUGACAUGACUGAGAUCCUGCAUUGUUGCAGCCAAGUGUACAUAUCCUCCAGCAGAGUUGCAUUCUGCAACCACUGUAGUGAAUAGAAACGUGAUGCAAUUUAUAUACUUUAGUGGUCAGUUCAUAUGGCUGGUGACCCUUGUGCUACUGCAAUUUGCAAUAGCAAAAUAAAGAGGCAAAGUGAAUUUAGAUACUAUUUUUGGUACUUUAAAGUUCCCGAUUGAGUUCGAUCCUGGCAGCUAAGCAAAGUCAGUCCUGGGUCGUACUUGGGUGGGAGACUCCAAUGAAUACCAAAUGCUGUAAGUGAUGUUUCAGGGGAAGGAACUGGGAAAACCACU